AAGCGCCGCCGCCAGGUGACAGUUCCUGCCGCCGCCUGGGCCGGGCCGGGCUGGCUGAGUGAGGCCCGGCGGGAAACCGGCCAAUCCCGGCCGGAAAGAUGGAGCGGGCGCUGGGGCCGGCUCUGGAGGGCGGCGGCGGCGGGGUAGCCCGCAGAUCCGUGCGGCCGGCAGGGCUGGGGGGCGCCGCCCCCGCUGCGGGCUCCCGGCAGCCCAGCGUGGAGACCUUGGACAGCCCUACAGGAUCCCAUGUUGAAUGGUGUAAACAGCUCAUAGCUGCUACCAUUUCUAGUCAGAUUUCAGGUUCUGUGCCAUCAGACAUUGUAUCCAGAGAUUACAGGGUAUACAAGAGGCCUGAUAUACGGGAGAUUCAGGAUGGACACAAUGGCUAUCAUUCUGAAGCAGAAGCUGAUCAGGCACUGAGGGAUGGGAACAAGCUGGCACAGAUGGAAGAGGCACCACUUUUUCCUGGAGAAUCAAUCAAAGCGAUUGCUAAAGAUGUUAUGUAUAUCUGUCCAUUUAUGGGAGCAGUCAGUGGUACACUGACAGUGACGGACUUCAAAAUGUAUUUCAAAAAUGUUGAGAGGGAUCCACAUUUUGUUCUUGAUGUUCCCCUUGGAGUAAUAAGUAGAGUUGAAAAGAUUGGAGUGCAGAGCCAUGGAGACAACUCCUGUGGUAUAGAAAUUGUUUGCAAGGAUAUGAGAAACUUGCGGCUUGCCUAUAAACAGGAAGAACAGAGCAGACUGGAAAUAUUUGAAAACCUCGUAACGCAAGCAUUUCCUCUUUCUAAUGGGCUGCCACUUUUUGCAUUCAGCUAUAAAGAAAAAUUUCCUGUUAAUGGCUGGAAAGUUUAUGAUCCAAUUGCAGAAUAUAAGCGGCAGGGUUUGCCCAAUGAGAGUUGGAAAAUAUCCAAAAUUAACAGCACCUAUGAACUUUGUGAUACAUAUCCUACUAUCUUCGUUGUGCCAACCAGCGUGAAGGAUGAUGACCUCUCAAAAGUGGCAGCAUUUAGAGCAAAAGGCAGAAUUCCAGUGUUAUCUUGGAUUCACCCCGAGAGCCAGGCAACUAUAACGCGCUGCAGCCAGCCACUGAUAGGCCCGAAUGACAAACGUUGCAAAGAAGAUGAAAAAUACUUACAAACAAUAAUGGAUGCCAAUGCUCAGUCGCACAAACUUAUCAUCUUUGAUGCCAGACAAAACAGUGUGGCUGAUACAAACAAGGCAAAAGGUGGAGGAUAUGAAAGUGAAAGUGCCUACCCAAAUGCUGAGCUGGUCUUUCUGGAAAUACAUAACAUACAUGUGAUGAGAGAAUCAUUGCGGAAGCUGAAAGAGAUCGUUUAUCCUGCAAUUGAUGAGGCCCGGUGGUUGUCCAAUGUAGAUUCAACACACUGGUUGGAAUACAUAAGGAUGCUUCUUGCUGGAGCAGUAAGAAUUGCUGAUAAAAUUGAAUCUGGUAAAACAUCAGUUGUUGUACACUGCAGUGACGGCUGGGAUCGUACAGCCCAGCUCACCUCUUUAGCCAUGCUCAUGUUGGACAGCUAUUACAGGACUAUCAAAGGAUUUGAAGCUCUUAUAGAAAAAGAAUGGAUAAGUUUUGGACAUAGGUUUGCAAUGCGAGUAGGCCAUGGAGAUGAUGACCAUGCUGAUGCAGACAGGUCUCCCAUUUUCCUUCAGUUCCUUGAUUGUGUUUGGCAAAUGACGAAGCAGUUUCCUGCAGCCUUUGAAUUCAAUGAACUGUUUCUGAUCACCAUUUUGGAUCACCUUUAUAGUUGUCUCUUUGGGACUUUUUUAUACAACUGUGAACAAGAGCGAUUAAAAGAGGAGAUAAAUACAAAGACUGUAUCUUUAUGGUCCUACAUUAACAGUCAACUAGAUGAAUUUACUAAUCCUUUCUAUGUAAACUAUGAAAACCACGUCCUGUAUCCUGUUGCCAGUCUGAACCAUUUGGAACUGUGGGUAAAUUACUACGUCAGAUGGAAUCCAAGAAUGAGGCCACAGAUGCCAAUUCAUCAGAAUCUUAAGGAGUUACUUGCCAUCAGAGCUGAGCUUCAGAAGAAGGUGGAAGACUUGCAGCGAGAAGCUGCUACACGAUCCAUUUCUUCAUCAUCAGAUAGAGGGUCAUCUCCUUCUCACUCAGCCACCCCAGUGCGCACUUCUGUCUGAUGUGCAACAAAAGCCAUGUAAAACCAUUCAUGUCAGGUGAUCUGCAUCUAUAUGCUUAGAGGCGGGUGGAAUAUUUUCCCUGUCUCCCAAGGAUUGUGAGUGACUUCUAAUUGCUAUCAAUCUACAUGCCUUAUUCUUUGUGUCUGUUCCUGUUAUGAUGAGGCCAAAAAGAGCUUCAAUAGUUGUGAUGGUAUUUUCUGAAGUUGGCAGUUCCUGUAUGUGUUUUGACAUCUCUCGCUAAAUCAUCAAUUGUAAAAUUAACUUUAUUUUGAGCAACCAACAAUUUAACCAUCUUAAAAAGGAAUCCAUCUGUCAGACAGAUAAUGUGAGAGGCUUUUUGCUGCCUUGGGUACAGAGGCUGGUUGAGAAACCCAAAUGAAAUGCCAUGUAAUGUUUGUGCUUAAUCAGAACAUUGAGAGAAAUUUUCUGAAUGGGAGCUCUUUAUUUAAUGCAGUACAUUAUUUUUAUCUAGAGCAACUACUAUUAUUCUUGGGGACAUAUUUAAGUAAUGCACUUUGAAACAGAUUUUAAAUUAAGUAUUUUCCAGUGCAGCCAAUUUUACAUUUUGAGUAAAUAUGCCAUUAAGAAUGGAUGGUAAUGAAGGUAAACAGGAUUUGCCAAUUAAUACACACCUACUGGUACUUGUAUGAUGUAAUAUAUUUGGUGAAGCAUGGAUUUUAAUUUUUUUAAUGCCUUUUUUUACAAGUUUAAAUAAAUCUUUGACCGUUUAUUGUCCCAUUUUACCCUCACGAAUAAGGGGUAAGCUUAAUCAGGUCUGUCUUGUACUCAGUAACUUGUUUUCUAGCAAUUUGGAUUAGAAGAACAUUGAACUGUGUAAAUUGUAUAGUCUGUAUAGUUCCACGUAUUUUAAGUGUGUCCUGUUAAACAUAUACACACAUUUAUGUACAUGCAUAUGUGAUGUUAAACAUACACACACUUCAUUUGCAUGUUAUGGGUUCAGAAAAUUGAUCCUGCCUCUCCAAAUGUUUUGGAAGAUAUAAACUGUUACAACUUUGAUGUUUUUAAAUAAUAGGCGCUUAAUUGGUUUCCUUGAAAUAAUAAAGACUGUUGGGGUUUUUUUUU